UUACAGAAUGGUGGAAUUACGGAAACCCGAAAAGUUGGAGGAUCAAAAAGGUCAACCGGAAUCGUCUUCAUCCACAACUACGUUGACGGUGCCUCCGGUUGUUGAUUAUGGUAGUGCUGCGGCAUAUGCGAUCGAACUACGUAAAUGGUUAUUCACAACUCACUGCUGGGCAUUUUGUCAUCAGAUGGCAACCAUGCAUUCAUUAGCAUAUUUGGCAUCAUGUAACCGGCCAGAGAUCAUGGUACCUCAGUCACCACUCGGUGUCACGUUGCCACCAUCAAGUGUUCCCCCACCAACUACUAAUCUGUCAAAUUCAAAUCAGUUCAUCCAGCGUCACGCUAUUUCAUCCUUUACACGACGUAUCCUUGCGGAAAUUGUCGAUUCUAUUUUUGCAUUUAUCGCAAAAUUACUAAUUGUCUACUUACUGGUGGAAAUCGGUGUUGUGGAUCUGGAUAAAUACGACCGAUUAUUGGGUGAUGAGGCUGACUUGCAUACGUUGAUUGACGUAACUCAGGAAUUGUUCCCUAUUGAAAUGCUUGCAAAAAUCGUCGUCAGUAUUGUCGAAGCCUUAUUUGUAUCAUAUGGUUUUGGAUCAGUACCUGCUGGGCAGACACCGGGUAAAGUUGUGUUAAAUAUUCAAGUGAUUACUUGUUAUCAAGUGAUACCGAUAGCAGGUAGCGAAGAGGUGAACAUCGUACGAACCCUCACUGUCCCGUUCAAAAAUUCUUUGCUACGAUCACUAACGAAGAACAUGCUUAUCAAUCUGCUCUUUCCGCUCAGUGCAGCAGCUUAUGCGUUUACCUAUAAUCGUGCUGGAUAUGAUAUCGCUGCGAGGACGAUCGUUGUUAAUGCUUAAAAUAAUUUUCGAUUGGUUUUUAUUACUUUGUACAAUUUGAUUACAAUACAAAGACUGUAUGCCGCAAAUUAAACCAUCAUUAUUUAGUGCGUGAGGACUACUGAACCGAAUGAAUUCUACAACGCACAUUUUAAGCAACAGUUUUUCUGCUGAUAACAUUACCCGUCCUUGUUGAUACGGAAAAGCAGUUUCCAAACGGGAUGCAUGGCAUCACAAGGUAUGAAACAAUAAGAUGACACAUGAUGUCACAAAUAAUUUCAUUGUGAAACGGUAAUGGGCAUCAUUCGAUAAUGGCAUCACAUCACUUUAAUUAAUCACUUUAAUUAUGCUAUGAAGAAUGAAGUUCAGCACUAUUGUGAAGAGAGUGUAAGUGUAAGACCAUGACCGGGUCAAUACCAGUAUUCCAAAACUUCUGUCUUCCCGCACUGCACAUCUAUACGACGAAUCUCCAUGUCUCUUGCUUUUUCAUGAAUCAUGUUCUAAUAGGAUACCAGAAUCAAGCAAUCAUCUACUGAAUGGUUUUUCUUAAAAGCUACCAAAACGUUGUAUUUGCUUACGGUAACACUAUAUGACUUUUGGAUAUUUGUGGAAGCAUUCUAAACUGUCCGAAAACAUUAACCUCCUCACUUCUUAUAAUGGAAUCAAGUACAUUCCAUAAAUUAGUUAUUUCAA